AAACUUAACUAAAAUGAAUUUGUAUACAAAGUUGAUGUAAUUUGAAGUUGCAACAAACAUUCGCUGUGGCACAACGACAACGACCAUGAGUGGCAACAAUGGCAAUGGCAACAGUGCCCCCAGCAAUGAACAGCAGCAGCAGCAGACAGCUGGUCCAGCAACAGCAGCAGCAGCAGCAACAUCGGGACCUGAGGCAGCAGUGGCAGGUGUUGGCAACUCGCCGCGACCUGCCACAGCGCCGGCACGCACCACCGAUUCAAGCAACAACAAUAAUAACAACAACAACAACAACACCACCAGCAGCAGCAUCAGCUAUAGGGUGAAUCUGAGCAAUAUAAACAACAACAGCAGCAGCAGUAACACGAGCAACACCAGCAACACCAACAGCAAUCGGCAGGCAAGCAACAACAAUCACAAUGAGAGCAGCACGGGGCUGGUGGUCAACACGGGUGGCACAACAGCAACAGCAGCAGCAGCAACAACAGCAACAGCAACAGCAACAGCAACACCUGCUGCAACUGCCGCUGCAACUGCCACGAGCAGCAGCAGCAACAACAACAAUCACAUCUAUGUGAAUCCGCACAGCUACGACAGCAGCACCACUGGCAGCGUAAGUGGCUCCACGGCGGUGAUGCUGCCACUGCCACUGAGCAAUCCAUUGACGCUGCAACUGCCACCAGCAGGAGGAGCAGCAGGAGCAGGAGCAGGAGACAUCCAUUUGCAGCAGCAGCAGCAGCUCAACACGGGUGCCAUCAGUCGAACGGGCACCUCCACGUCGACAACGCUGAGCACUUUGAACACAUAUCUGUUCCCCUGCGGCGCCUCGGACUCGGCGGGCACACUGGGCGGUGGCAGCUGUGAUCUGGACAGCAAUUUCAGCCAGAUGGUCAAUGGAGCGGGCAGCAGCGAGGCGGGCAGCAGUCUCAGCCAGAGCACAGCGCCCGUCGGCCUGGGCAUGGGAUUGGGCGUGCAGCUGGGCCUGGGCUUCAUCAGCGGCAGGCGGCGCAUACGGCGGCUGUUUGGUGUGCCCGAGCCCACCAGUCUGGGCACAAACGGCGCCAAUCCCUAUGCGGCGGCCACGCUGCGGCGACGCAGCUCACAGCUGGGGCAGUUCGGUAGCAAGCGGCGGGAGCGUGAGCGGGAGCGAGAGCUGGAGGAGAUUGAGCAGCAGCAGCGCAUUGCCACGGUGGCCUCUGCCAAUGCGGCAUUCCUCGAGCGACGCGAGAUGCAGCUCCAGCAGCAGCAGCAAACACAGCAGCAACAAUUGCAGCAACAACAGCAACAAUAUCUGCCACAGCAGCAGCAGCAAAUUCAGUUCAUGUUCAAUCCGCUGCAGCCGGAGCCACAAAAGAAGAAAAAGAAAAAGCCACCGGGUCCGCCGGCCCAGGCCCGGCAGCAGUCAUCGCGCACCAUGGACGAUCCAAUGAUGAAUCGGCCGCGCAAGAGCACGCCCGCCAAGAAGGCCAAAAAGGCCGCACCGGAGAAUCCCUAUGAGAAGUCUUUGCCCAAAUUGAGCAGUCAAGACGAAGAAGGGGGGGCUGGUCAUGGCUUUGGUGGCGGACCGCAACACUUUGAACCCAUUCCUCACGAUCAUGAUUUCUGUGAAAGAGUCGUUAUAAAUGUAAGCGGGCUGAGGUUUGAGACACAACUACGUACGCUUAAUCAAUUCCCGGACACGCUGCUCGGGGAUCCGGCUCGGAGAUUACGGUACUUUGACCCGCUUAGAAAUGAAUAUUUUUUUGACCGUAGUCGACCGAGCUUCGAUGCGAUUUUAUACUAUUAUCAGAGUGGAGGCCGACUACGGAGACCGGUCAAUGUCCCUUUAGACGUAUUUAGUGAAGAAAUAAAAUUUUAUGAAUUAGGUGAUCAAGCAAUUAAUAAAUUCAGAGAGGAUGAAGGCUUUAUUAAAGAGGAAGAAAGACCAUUACCGGAUAAUGAGAAACAAAGAAAAGUCUGGCUGCUCUUCGAGUAUCCAGAGAGUUCACAAGCCGCCAGAGUUGUAGCCAUAAUUAGUGUAUUUGUUAUAUUGCUAUCAAUUGUUAUAUUUUGUCUAGAAACAUUACCCGAAUUUAAGCAUUACAAGGUGUUCAAUACAACAACAAAUGGCACAAAAAUCGAGGAAGACGAGGUGCCUGACAUCACAGAUCCUUUCUUCCUUAUAGAAACGUUAUGUAUUAUUUGGUUUACAUUUGAACUAACUGUCAGGUUCCUCGCAUGUCCGAACAAAUUAAAUUUCUGCAGGGAUGUCAUGAAUGUUAUCGACAUAAUCGCCAUCAUUCCGUACUUUAUAACACUAGCGACUGUCGUUGCCGAAGAGGAGGAUACGUUAAAUCUUCCAAAAGCGCCAGUCAGUCCACAGGACAAGUCAUCGAAUCAGGCUAUGUCCUUGGCAAUAUUACGAGUGAUACGAUUAGUUCGAGUAUUUCGAAUAUUUAAGUUAUCUAGGCAUUCGAAGGGUUUACAAAUAUUAGGACGAACUCUGAAAGCCUCAAUGCGGGAAUUAGGUUUACUUAUAUUUUUCUUAUUUAUAGGCGUCGUACUCUUCUCAUCGGCGGUUUAUUUUGCGGAAGCUGGAAGCGAAAAUUCCUUCUUCAAGUCCAUACCCGAUGCAUUUUGGUGGGCGGUCGUCACCAUGACCACCGUUGGAUAUGGUGACAUGACACCCGUCGGCGUUUGGGGCAAGAUUGUGGGAUCACUGUGUGCCAUUGCUGGUGUGCUGACAAUCGCACUGCCGGUGCCGGUUAUCGUCAGUAAUUUUAAUUACUUCUAUCACCGCGAAACGGACCAGGAGGAGAUGCAGAGCCAGAACUUUAAUCAUGUCACUAGUUGUCCAUAUUUGCCAGGUACACUAGUAGGUCAACACAUGAAGAAAUCAUCGUUGUCCGAGUCCUCAUCGGAUAUGAUGGAUUUGGAUGAUGGUGUCGAGUCGACGCCGGGAUUAACUGACACACAUCCUGGACGUAGUGCGGCAGCGGCUCAGUUUUUGGGAGCCCAGCAACAGCAGCAGCAGCAACAGCAGCAGCAGCAGCAGCAACUGCAGCAACAGCCAGCAUCGUCGACGUCGAUGUCGAUGUCGCUCGAUAAGCAGCUCCAACAUCCCCUGCAGCAGCACCCACUGCAGCAGCACCCGCUACAGCAGCAGCCGUACCAGUCGCCGACGCAGCCGCAGCCGCAGCAUAACGGCUUCAAGCAGCAGUCCACAAUGAGUGCGAGCGCGGCGGCAACAACGAGUAGCGCCAGCGGCAGUGGGAGUGCCAGCGGCAGCGGCGCCACCACCCUCACCAUGAGGCACAAUAAUGCCCUGGCCGUUAGUAUCGAGACCGACGUUUGACUACUGGGGCGAAAGAUGUUAAGUGGUAUAGAAUUGGCCUUGACAAGAGUUACGUUGGAUGCCAGAAACGACUACAAAGAAAGCUGUUUGUAUUUAAUUUAAGUAGAACAAAUAACAAAACAAAUUUAAUCUAUGGCUAAAUUAAUCUAAAUCCUUAUUUACAUUUAAAUUACAUUUAAUUAAAUUAUAAACUUAAUCUUAAACGUGAACAACAAACACAAAAGCAAAAGCAUACCCCAAACCAAAAACAAAAACAGACCCAAACACAAAACAAGCAAAUCAAGUUGAAAUCAUCUCGAACAAGGAGAGGAAAAGAGUCGAGGCACCACCCCCUAUGUGUACAUAAAAUGGCAUAUGUAUGUACAUAAGUACGUACAUAUAACCCAGGCAUUGUCCAACUAAAACUAUAAACCCCAUAAAGAAAAAAGCAAAUGAAAGCAUAAACAUCGAACGAAGUGCUGGCGGCAGCAGAUGGGAAUGCCCACAUAAACUAACUCAAAGAUUUUAGAUCUAAUUCAUUGAAUGCCAUAACAUAACUAGCCCUGCAUAAUCCGACCACACAACUGUAAAUAAGUCAUAACACAACAAUCAAACCAAAAAGCUGAUCAAAAAAGAGCACAGAACAGGUUGAACAGAAGUGUAGCGCAGAGCAAGCAGUUCUUCAGGCAGUCCGUAUAGAAUAGGAUGGGAUGCAGUUCAAGUAGAAAGAAAGCAGUCCAGCUGGAAUGCAAGCAGUCACAGGCAUACAAAUCAGAAAUAGACACUCCACACACACACACACUUACACUAGCACUAACACUAACACUGAACUAAAAGUAUAGAAAAACUGCCGUAAUAUUUAAUAAAACCCAAUGUGUAUAGUGUUUAAAGUUUAAACAAAACAAACAGGGGAGAACCUUCAUACCAACUGCAAACGAGAUUCGAUGCAAUAUCUGCUUUUAAAUGUGACAGGAAGUACAUAUACAUGUAGCCUAAUAUAGACAACUAACCAGCUAACUGAAGUAACUAAGCGAUAAGCCUAACCACAGCAUAUACGUGCAUUUAUAUAUGUGUAUGUGUAUGUGUACCACUAAGACAACAACAAAAACAACAGCGACAGUAAACACUAAAGACCCUCGGUCCUAGUCGGGAUCAUCAAUCCAUCGAUUCAGUUGCGAGGAUUUUGUUUUUUGACUAAAGCUUCAGGGAAAUCUCUAGCCCUCCAAUGGCCACACCCACACCUACACCCACCCAAUCGCCAGCCACCACCCACCCACUAACCACCAAACUUACCAAAAACUGAACACUUACCUAUCUACUGUACCCAUAUCAGCUGACGAACAGAACCUGCGAUUCUUCUGCUUCGAUCCCCCCGAAUUAAAUCGAAAUAAAAAGUACAAAUAUUCAACUAAACAAA